AUGUGCAAGGUGUUUGCAAUGACUUUGCGAGGAGCAGCUCAGGAUUGGUUCCAUACCCUGCCAUCCGGGUCGAUCAACAGCUUCAAGGAGCUUACUUACGUCUUCACUAAAGAAUACACUUCUUAUCGGACGAUCAAGAAGAACCCCGACCAUCUGUUCAACCUGCGCAAGAAGCCCGAGGAAUCCCUUCGAGAUUACAUCAAGAGGUUCAAAGCAGAAAAGGCCAACAUCGUAGGGUGCGAUGACCAAAUCGCAUCCUCCGCAUUCAAGAAAGGUCUUCCAGCAGAACAUGACUUAUACCGCGAGCUGACUAUCACUCCCAGCCAGACUCUGGCAGAGGUCUUCGCGACCGCAGAACGCUACGCACUCUGGGAUGACGAUCGAAUCGCCGCGAAGAAGUCCACUGAGCAGGAAGAUCGACCGGCCAAGCGGGCAGAACAAAGAGCGACAGGCUUGGCAGCAGGGACAAAGACAAAGGACAAACCUUGGGUAAAAAGACCUUCACCCUUGAAAGGAGAUCCGGACAAGAGGGAUACCAGAAAAUAUUGUGCCUUCCAUGCGACACAUGGGCACAAUACGAAUAAUUGCUUUGCUUGGAAAGCGCAUCUCGAAGAACUCGUGAGAGAAGGUCAUUGCACGGAGUUCAUCGCGAGGCAGGCCAUCCAGCAGAUAGAAGACCGCGAUACCGCCAAGGAGCCACCCCAGAAGGUCAUAAGGAUUAACACAAUCCUAGCCGACUCCGAGGAGUCUGGACUGACCAACAAAGAAAAGAAGAGGAAGAUCAAACAGGCUACUAUGAUCUCCCAAGUCUCAACUAGCCUCUCACUGGCAGAAGACGAUCCCGUGAUCGGCUUCCAAAAAAAAAGACUUAAUCGGCCUUGA